UAGGAAGUGACGCGUCACAAUAUUUACUUUCGACGUGUUCACGUGUAUGCCCCUUAUCACUGGUCAUUUCGUGAUAUAGAUUAUAUACAUCGUAAGUGAAGUGGUUAUGUGUGAAGUUGUGACAUCUUGGGAGUGUUGAUGGAGCUUAUUUUGGUCCUGGGAUGGAUUUGCUCCUUUUCCUCCAUUGCUGUACAGUUUGUUGGCAUUGAGAUAUGUUUCCGAAUCUGGAAAAAGGGAAGCACAGGGGAUAUUUCUCCAGCACCAUUUGUUGCCAACCUUAUUGCGGCGGGUCUGUGGGUGAAAUAUGGACUCCUUACAUCUAUUCAGUCUCUGAUUAUAGUCAACGCCCUCGGUGCUAUUCUGGCGCUUAUCUAUGUGAUAUUUUUCUACAUUUACUCAUUAAGAAAGAGUUUGAUUAGUCGAUUUAUGGUGUUCGGCUGCCUUGCAAUAAGUGUGCCAUAUCUGUACAUUGGAGUGUACCUGGAGGAUCAGAACCUUGCAAUAGAGCAUCUGGGGAAAAUGUGUGUCCUGAUGACCGUCAUCAGCUAUGCAGCUCCUCUUGCCUCAUUGUUUGACGUGUUUCGACAGCGGAGUACAGAUUGUAUGUCCUUCCCCCUGGUGCUGGCUUACUUCAUUGUCUCCGUCGAGUGGUUUAUCUAUGGGUCCCUGUUAAAGGACCAGUAUGUACAGAUGCCUAAUUUGAUAGGAAUAGCCCUAGGAAUCCUUCAGUUGGGGCUUUUUGUUGUCUAUCCUAAAUCCAAAACAGCCUCAAAGGAAAUUACCAUUGAAGUCUUGUAACUAGUUCAUCUAUAGAUUGACCAAUUAAAUACAAGCAACAAAUUCAGAUAGUUUGGUAAAUAAGAUAGCCUGCAAUGGUAAUUCCUACAUUUAGUUUGAAUUAAAAUUAUGUGAUUUCAUGUUGAUUGCACCAAUUGAGAAUUAAUGCUUAGUAAAAUGAUAGUUCAUAUUGUUAUAUUUUUACUCUUGUGCAAAACACAAUACUCUGCUAGUUUUGUUUUUUAUUACAUGUAUUUAAAAAUUAAAACGAAUUACAGUACUUCAGUAUUGUAUGUGAUUUUUUUGGGGGAUUAAAUUAAAAUGAAUUACAAUACUUCAAUAUAGCAUGUAAUGUUUUUUUCAGGGAUGUAUUUGUUUUCAAACUUUUUUUUGUUGACAAGUAUAUAGAUGUUAACAUUAUUAUGAGGUUACUUGAGUGUUCAUGUUUUUUAUUUAUGCUGAUAAAUUGAUUUCUUUUAAAAUCUAGCAAUAGUUUGUACCCACAUAGCAUAAAAUGAGUAACAUUUCUUUGGGAGGUCAGUCCAUACAUGUAGGUCAGAAGCCUAAGGGAAUACAAUUUGUUGUUUCCAAUGUAUUUUCUUUGAGUGUUUUAUUGUUAGGGUAUAUCCAUUUUCUGGAGAAAAAAAAUAUUGCAAACAGAUUUUAAAAGUCAAAUGACAAUUGAAUAGAAAGCAAACCUUCAGGUUUUCUUGAUUCAACAAACAAACACAUCCUCUGUACUUACCGGUAAUUGAAUUUACAUGUAUCAAAAAAGAACUUAUGGGUAUUAUUGUAAUAAACUACCAAAAAAAAAGAACAUAUUGUCACACUGCAAUCCAGUGUCCAUGAUAACUUGCAUAGAAUUAUCCCUGUGUUUUAAUUUUAUGUAGCGGUAUAUAUACUUGAUAUUUACUGUUCAUACAAAAUAUGAGUUGAUGCUUAGAUUUAAAGCUGCAUGUAUAGAAUUAGUUUGGUGACUUUUGAAUUCAUUCUUUAACUAAAGGCUUUAAUGAGAAACAGUUUCACCUUGUGUUGGGACUUUUAAGAAAUAACCAGAAAGUAUUAAAUUGAUAGAAUACACAGUCAUGGUUGAUAUAGGAUAGCUUCCAUUGUUGGUACAAAUAAAGCUUUUAUGUUUUAAAACAUAUUUUCCAAAUUACCAAAACUACAUGUAUAACUUUACCAAUGGGUCCAAUAACAUUAUAUGUUGUAGAUUAAUUACAUGUACAAGUUAUGGGAGUUAUUUCUGCAUGCUGUUCUGUUAAACACCAUGCAGGAAGAUUUGUUAACACUAGCUGGAGUAUAUUGAUCGAUCUCAGUGUUAUGCAAACCAUCAUUUUUUCUUUAAUUGUUAUGUUUUUUAUAUUAAUCAUAAAUUCAUAUAAUACAAUUUAGAAAACAAGAAUUAUUAUGUUUGAGAGUUCAACUUCAGUCGAGACAUUCAACAACUUGAGCUAAGAUUUUUAGGUCACCUGGUAACCUAUUGCAAUUGGUCUUCGUCUAUCGUCAUGUGUCAUCCAUUAUGUUAACAAUUUUACAUUUUCAACUACUUCUUGAAAAUUACUAGGCUGAUUGUUAUUAUAUUGGUGUGAAGCAUCUCCAUAGUAAGAGGAAUCUAAAUUGUAAAAUUCAUAUCUCUACACCCCUACGACACCAUAUAUGCAAAAAACGCCAAAUUUUCAAAAAUCUUCUCUUCUUUCACACAUGUUGGGAAAAACUAAAUGUAUAUGGUUAUGAUGUCCAUGAAGUCCUCUAUCAAAAUUAUGAAAUUAAUGGCCCCAGUGUCAAAGGUUCAGGCCUUAGGGUGGGGCCAAUAUGGCAAUGUAGUAAAAAUGUAAUAAAUCUCAGAAAAUCUUCUUUACUUCCAUAUACAUUUGAGAAAAACUAAAUGCAUGGUUAUGAUGUCAUGAAUUCUACCUAAAUUACAUGUGAAAUUCAUGUUCCACAGGUCAGGAGUUAAAUUAAGACUCAAGGGUGGGGCAAAUAUGGCCACAUAUUGUAAAUGUAUUGAUUUAAUAUUCUUUUCUGUACUAUCACAGUCGUGGGAGAUAAGUCAUGCAUUGUUAUCAUGUUCAUAAUGUAAUUAAGUUCAAUUGUGAAAUUCACUGCUCAGACCAUGAGAUAAAAGUUGAGGCUUUUUAUUGGUAGGGGGGGGGGGGGGGGGUUGAUAAAUAUGACCAUAUAUAGAACAUGUAUUUUUACUUGGGUAAUUGCUGUUUGUCAUAUCCAUACCAAUUUUAACUCCAUCUUGAAAAGCAUUCUAAAUGAAACUUUGAAUUUUUAAAAAAAUAAAAAUUGACUAUUAAAGGCCAGCAGGUCUCUUACAAUUGCUUGCCCCUGUAACUAAGGUACAGAUAAACCUAUAUUCCCGCAACUCUUGUAACAACACCCCCCCCCCCCCCCCCCCCCAAACACACACACACACAUUUGUAUGGAUUAUUUUUUUUCAAACAUCAAAUAAUAAAAGUGGGACAACAGUCAGAGAAGUCACAGAUUAGGAUUUAGACUUCAAAAUGAAGCUUAAGGUGGUAUGGAUACCUGUCGACAUGAAUGUAAAUAAAAAUGGAUUAUAAUCAAAAUGCUUUUACCAUUUCAAAAUUUACAAUAUAAUUUGACCGAAAAAUAGGUUUUAAAAAUAUUUGGAAAGGUAAAUUAUAUGAUAAAAUCCCCAGUUGGAUUCGAACUCAUGACUAAGAGAAUCGUUAAGGUAUAACACUGUGCUACGCUGUUAGGGAACAACAUUUGAAAAAGAAAACAUUAUUAUGAAAUUAUACUUGAUUUUAUUGUUUAUUUCAAUAGCAAGUGCAUCACAAUAUAGAGGUGUCCCAUUCUACCUUAAAAUGCAAACAUGAAACUCUGACAUGUCAAUCCAAGGGCUAUGGUACUCAGGUGACCACCAAGGCCGAUUGGUCCUCUUGUUCAUUUUUUAUGUUUAGUACAAAACAUUCUUAUAGUGCUUAACAGAGACUGUAAUAUUUUGUCCACAGUUGACAUGCAAAUAGAAUAAUUUUAUUUUAAUCAAUAAUUUUUCUUAUGUAUAUAUAACAAAAUCAUAACUUUCUUGUUUACGCCACAAAGACUUGUGAUCUCUAUAUCUUGCCUUAUUACAUAUGUAAGGUCAUUUACAUGUAGUUUCUGGGGCUAUUACUACAGUUUACAUGUAUAUAUAUGUAUCUAGUCAUUGAUAACCCUGCUCCACAGAGAUGUACACUACAAAAGUUUGUGAUAUUUGCUUGCUAUGUUCAGUAGAAGAUAACUGUGCACACAUGCUGUUUGUAGUAUGUGAAAGAAUUGUUUUAGCAUAGACAUGUAAACACUGAUAACUUUUAAUGGGGGGAGGGGGGGGCUAAUUUUUGAUUUUGUUAUUGCUCAAUGACCUUAUUCAUUUGACAAGUAUCAUACACCUCAUUAAUUAUAAAUGCAAUACUUUAUUGACUUAAUUUUCAAUUUCAACUGUUUUCAAAUUGAAUACCAAUUGUAACGUGCAUGUAGACGUAAAGAAAACGAUGAACUUCCACAUUUUCAUUGACUGGGGGUCAACUCAUUGAACUUUCCUCAUGUUCAUUAUUUUUUCAGACAUUCAGAUUUUCCCAAUUCAACAUUGACACACCAAAGCUUCAUUCUUUAAUGAAAUGAGAAGGUAUGCGAAUGAUGUUAUGCGUCGUUAUGGUCUUUUAAUAUUGAAUUCUGUUAUUGUUUAUACAUAUACUUUUCAUGCUUAUAGCAUAUUUCAUUAUUCAUUAUACAAAGUAAUAUUUACAUUAAUUAUGAAAGUAUAUUGAAUUUACAAUACUUUACAUAGUUAUAAUGAAUUUUGCUUUAUCCGGUGUUGUCAAAUGUCGAUAUAUCUUAUUGUUUAAAGAAAAGGAGAAUAUCUUUCACCAUCGUGAAUAAAGGGAUUAUAGACAUCUGAAUUAGAAGAUUUGUACUUUGACAGAGGUGCUUUAUUGUUACUAGUAUAAAUAUAUAUGUGUUUCUUGUUGGUAAUUAUGAAGUAUGCCAGUAAAAUAGCAUUUAUGGAUAUAGUUCUUUAUAUUAAGUUAUGGUGUGAUUCUUACAGAAAGAGGAGACAAAUCUUGAGGAUUGGUUUGAACAUAUCUUAUUGUAUAUAUGAUAUACAAAGGGUACGAACACAAGUUCUUGCAACUUACUAGGUUCUCACCCUAAUAAAAUCUUGAGAAUUGGCAUAGAUUUGAAGGAUUUUCCAAAA